AUGGCCUCCACGUCCCAGUUCCUUUACCAUCCGCUGUCAGAAGACAAGGUGCCCAUGGACAGCAUCGAAUUCGACACGUCAGCACCCCUACCUAAGCGCAUGGAACACACUAUCCUGCGUGUUCAGGACGAGAUUUGUGCCGGCAUUGAGGCAGUCGAUGGGGAACAGAUCCGUACCGAUAAAUGGGAGCGCGAGGGCGGAGGUGGUGGCCGUAGCCGCAUCUUACAAGACGGAAACGUCAUGGAGAAGGCAGGUGUAGCCGUUUCUAUUAUCAAUGGCACUCUACCUGCUUCUGCUGCGCAGCAAAUGACGCAGCGCAACGCCGAGCUUCCUCCUGGAAAGGAUCUACCCUUCUACGUCUGUGGCAUCAGCCUAGUCAUGCACCCGCGCAACCCCAUGGCGCCAACGAUCCACCUUAACUACCGAUACUUUGAGAUCGAAGUUGGCAAAGACGAACAGGGCAAACCCAAGAAGAUUGGUUGGUUCGGAGGAGGUGCCGACCUAACUCCGAGCUUUCUGUUCGAGGAAGACGCCCGUCACUUCCACGCAGUCUACAAGACGCAGCUCGACAAGCGCGACCCCACUUGGUAUUCGAAGAUGAAGAGAGCCUGCGACGAAUACUUUUACAUUGCUCACCGCAAAGAGCACCGUGGCAUCGGUGGCUUCUUCUUCGACGAUCUCACGGAAACGUCUGAGGAGACGUUCCAGUGUAUCCGAAACUGUGCCAACUCAAUGCUGGAUGCCUACAUUCCCAUUCUGAAGCUCCGUAAGGACAUGCCGUAUACCGAGGAGCAAAAAGAAUGGCAACAGAUCCGUCGUGGUCGGUAUGUCGAAUUUAACAUCAUGUACGACCGCGGCACUAAAUUCGGGUUGCUGACCCCUGGUUCGCGAGUGGAGUCGAUCAUGAUGUCGCUUCCUUUGACAGCCCGCUGGGAGUACAUGCACUCGCCCAAAGAAGAUUCAUGGGAGGGCAAGACAUACGAGGUGCUGAAGCAUCCCGUGGAUUGGAUGAAGGUGGAGCUAGAGCCUUAA